CAGAGGGAAAGGGGAAAAGGAGGGCCGGAGGGCGCCAGUAGUCAGCCCGGCGGCCGGGACCGGCAGAUGUGUGCGGAGUUUCUCCACCCUUUUUUGUGAACCUCCCAUCAGGAUGGUUUUCUCUGGCAGGCAGUGUGGCCAUGUUGGCAGACCUGAAGAAGUUUUACUGACCUUCAAGAUAUUUCUCAUCAUCAUUUGUCUUCAUGUUGUUCUGGUUACAUCCCUGGAAGAAUAUGCUGAUAAUUCCAGUUUGUCAUCGCCAUCUGCUGAACCAUCUCUUGUCCGUUUUGUCCCCUACUCCAAUGAGGUUGAAACGACAAGCCUCAAUGAUGCUACUUCAAGCGUAUUAUCUACUUUAAACAAAACAGAAAAAACUAAAAUCACUAUAGUAAAAACCUUCAAUGCAUCAGGGGUCAAGCUCCAGAAAAAUAUCUGCAAUUUGUCAUCUAUUUGCAAUGACUCAGUAUUUUUUAGAGGUGAGAUAAUGUUUCAAUAUGAUGAAGAAAGCAACGUUACCCUGAAUCGAGAGAUAACUAAUGACACCUUAACUGGAGUCCUGUCUCUAAGUGAAUUGAAACGAUCUGAGCUCAACAAAACCCUACAAACUCUAAGUGAGACUUAUUUUAUAGUGUGUGCUACGGCAGAGGCCCAAAGCACAUUAAAUUGUACUUUCACGGUAAAACUGAAUAAGACAACAAAUGUAUGUGCUGUAUUGGUUGCUUUGAAAAGAGUAAAGAUUCGACCAAUGGAACACUGCUGCUGUUCUGUCAGGACACCCUGCCCUUCCUCCCCGGAAGACUUGGAAAAGCUGCAGUGUGAUCUACAGGAUCCUGUUGUCUGUCCUGCUGACCAUCAACACGGCCUGCCAUUUUCUCCUUCCAGAGAAUCCAUCCCAGUUGUGCCUCAGCCCACUGUUCUUCCCCAGGUCCCCAAUGCCUUCUCUUUGGCUGAGCCCCUAGAUCACCGAUCUGUGACCCACAAGGCUCCAUCUCCAACAAGGGAGAUUGACCCCCCUUCUCCCCAGCCUUCAGCUGCUGUAGCUUCCAGCCAUACCAUUGAUGUGCACCCCCAGUUUGGAACUGUCUCUUCCCCUACACCCCAAACCCAUCCUUUGCACACUCCGCUGUCUGCGAAAGCCUCACUUUCCUCUCCCACCACGAUGGCCCCUGCGAAUGUGACCACCACCGCACCUCCUGGCACAACAGACAUUGUCGACACCAGCAGUAUUUAUGAUCUUGAGAGCCAAGUGGCCCAGAUGGAGAAGUCUCUGUCCUUAGGGAGCUUGGAGCCUAACCUUGCAGGAGAAAUGAUAAACCAAGUCAGCAGACUUCUUCGUUCCCCACCUGCCGUGCUAGCCCCUGUGGCUCAAAGAUUGCUAAAAGUAGUGGAUGACAUUGGCUUACAGCUGAAUUUUUCAAACAAGACCAUAAGUCUAACCUCCCCUUCUUUGGCUCUGGCCGUGAUCAGAGUGAAUGCCAGUAAUUUUGACACAACUACCUUUGCAGCCCAAGACCCUACAAAUCUUCAGGUUUCUCUGGAAACCCACGCUCCUGAGAACAGCAUUGGUGUUAUUACUCUUCCUUCAUCGCUGAUGAGUAAUUUACCAGCUAAUGAGUUGGAGCUGGCUUCCAGGGUUCAGUUCAACUUUUUUGAAACGCCUGCUCUGUUUCAGGACUCUUCCCUGGAGAACCUCUCUCUGAUCAGCUACGUCAUAUCAUCAAGUGUUGCAAACAUAACCAUCAAGAACUUGACAAGAAACGUGACAGUCACGUUAAAGCACAUCAACCCAAGCCAGGAUGACUUAACAGUGAAAUGUGUAUUUUGGGACUUGGGCAGAAACGGGGGCGCAGGAGGCUGGUCAUCCAAUGGCUGCUCCAUCAAAGAUAGGAAGCUGAAUGAAACCGUCUGUACCUGCAGCCACCUUACCAGCUUUGGCGUUCUAUUGGACCUAUCUCGGACUUCCAUACUGCCUGCCGAAAUGAUGGCUCUGACGUUUAUCACGUAUAUUGGUUGUGGGCUUUCAUCAAUUUUUCUGUCAGUUACUCUUGUAACCUACAUAGCCUUUGAGAAGAUCCGGAGGGAUUACCCUUCCAAAAUCCUCAUCCAGCUGUGUGCUGCGCUGCUCCUGCUAAACCUAGUCUUCCUCCUGGACUCAUGGAUUGCUCUUUAUAAGACUCGAGGCCUCUGCAUCUCAGUGGCUGUAUUUCUUCAUUAUUUUCUCUUGGUCUCAUUCACAUGGAUGGGCCUGGAAGCGUUCCAUAUGUACCUGGCCCUUGUCAAAGUGUUUAAUACUUACAUCCGAAAAUACAUCCUUAAAUUCUGCGUUGUCGGGUGGGGGCUACCAGCUGUGGUUGUGACCAUCGUCCUGACUAUAUCCCCAGAUAACUAUGGGCUUGGAUCCUAUGGGAAAUUCCCCAAUGGCUCACCAGACGACUUUUGCUGGAUCAACAGCAAUGCAGUAUUCUAUAUUACAGUUGUGGGAUACUUCUGUGUGAUAUUUUUGCUGAACAUCAGCAUGUUCAUUGUGGUCCUGGUUCAGCUCUGUCGAAUUAAAAAGAAGAAGCAACUGGGAGCCCAGCGAAAAACCAGUAUUCAAGACCUCAGGAGUAUUGCUGGCCUUACAUUUUUACUGGGAAUAACUUGGGGCUUUGCCUUCUUUGCCUGGGGACCAGUUAACGUCACCUUCAUGUAUCUCUUUGCCAUCUUUAACACCUUACAAGGAUUUUUCAUAUUCAUCUUUUACUGUGUAGCAAAAGAAAAUGUCAGGAAGCAAUGGAGGCGGUAUCUUUGUUGUGGGAAGUUACGGCUGGCUGAAAAUUCUGACUGGAGUAAAACUGCUACUAAUGGUUUAAAGAAGCAGACUGUAAACCAAGGAGUGUCCAGCUCUUCAAAUUCCUUACAGUCAAACAGUAACUCCACUAACUCCACCACACUGCUAGUGAAUAAUGAUUGCUCAGUACACGCAAGCGGGAAUGGAAAUGCUUCUACAGAGAGGAAUGGGGUUUCUUUCAGUGUUCAGAAUGGAGACGUGUGCCUUCACGAUUUCACUGGAAAACAGCACGUGUUUAAUGAGAAAGAAGAUUCCUGCAAUGGAAAAAGCCGUAUGGCUUUCAGAAGGACUUCAAAGCGGGGAAGCUUACACUUUAUUGAGCAAAUGUGAUUUCCUUUUUCUAAAACCAAAGUAUGAUGCUUGACAGUGUGAAAUGUCCAAUUUUACCUUUUACACAAUGUGAGAUGUAUGAAAAUCAACUUAUUUUAUACUCAGCAACCUCUGGAGGAACAUAAGCUAAUUGAGGGCAAUGAUUACUAUUGGCAGAGGAAACCAAGACGUUAUACCAUGUUUUUUUAGACAUUUGUGAUUUGGUUUCUUAUCCUUCGUUUUAAAAGAAGGUUGGUUUUAAAUAACACACUAAGAAUAACACUCCUGUCCAAAAAAAACCAAAAAAAGAGUAGUUAAUUUUCAGUCACAUUUUAAAGAGGCUAAGUUACUUUGAUAACAUAUAAAGCAACCAUUGACUUCAGCCUGUUGGUGAGUUUAGUUGUGCAUGCCUUUGUUGUAUAUAAGCUAAAUCCUAGUGACCUACAUGUCAAAAAUCUUACUUCUACAUUUUUUUGUAUUUAUUUUCUACUGUGUAAAUUUAUUCUUUUGUAGAAUCAUGGUUCUGUUGUUUUUGUCUAACGUGGUAAUUCAGAAAAUCCUUGCUAGUGAAUUCUAAAGCUCCUUUUAGAAAUUAUAUGGGAUGUGAAAUACAGAAACCUCACUGAAAUCAAGAAAUAAUGAUGCCAGCCAGACUGGGAAAAUGUAAGCAGACAGUGCCACAAUUAGCUCAUACAGUGCCUUUGAGCAAGUUAGAAAAAGGUACCCUCACUGGGCAGACCCAGCCCCAUGGGCUCAUGGUUUGGCAUAUAGAACGGGGGUCAUAUUUUAGCCCCACUCAGCCUCUUGGGUACAUUCUUGUGCAGGGUAUGACCUGUACAGCCAUAUGUGGCAUCCCAUACUCAUACCCAUCUCCUGACCUCAUCCCCAAUGAUCAGAUUAUAGAAUUUGCAUCAAGAUGUUUAGCUUUAUCCCUUGGCCCCAGAGAGGGAUGGAACUAUCUAGACCAUAUGUCAGGAAAAUCGUGAACGCAGAGAUACACAAUGAGAUACACACACUGCCACUUCUCAAAUGCCAAGAAAGAGCCUUUCAGAAGAGGGGAGUAGACUAGGAUUACUUUUUAAAAGAGUUAUAUAUAAGGAAAGAAAUCAUUGCUGUUCUUUAAAAGGCAACUGCAUGAUAGAUAUUGUUGAUUGUUAUAACUGGUACACUCUGGCCCAGCCAGAGCUAUAAUUAUUUUUUAAAAUGUGUCAAGUCUUAAAGAGUGUAUAGUGACAAGAGGGCGCAGCUAUUGGGAACAGUGAAGUGUCCUGCAAUGCUAUUGUUUCCAUAGAUAUCAAACCUUGAUUGCUCCUAGUUACAUAGGGUCUCUCUUGCUUCCCACCUACCCUGCUUGGGCAGUGCCUCAAGUAUGUCCUUAUUAGGAACAUUUCAAAACCCUUUAGUUAAGUCUUUCACUAAAGUUCCCUUGCAUAUAUUUCAAGUGAAUGUUGUAUCCCAGACUAACCAUAAUAAUAAUAUAAUACAUUUCUGUGAGGCUGAUUUGUCUUUGCAAUAUUUCUUCUCUGCUUUAUUUAAUUGUCUUGUAUUUAUAUGUUAAAUCAACAAAAGUGUUAAAAAUCGACAAACAUGUUAAAAUCAACGCAAUAAAUUUGCAUUUAAGUUCUUUAAGUUUGGUGACUUUCACAAAGAGAAAACAUUUGCAGUCUCUUUCCCUGGUGGCAUGGCAUGGCAUGGAAGUGGUAGGACAUGCCUGAUUAAGACAAACACGACAGUGACAUGCAUGGGGAAGCAGCAGGCACCCUGUGACUAUGAAAUUAGAGCAAAGGUGGUUCUGCCUCAUGAGAUCAGCUUCUGAGGCCGCCUUUUCAUUUUCUGUUUUCCUCUUUCAAGAUUAUCUCUUCAAUGCAUGCUGCCUUUGGCCUAUAGCCAAUGUACGAGACCCUAUUCAGAUCCCACCCAAGGAUCUACUUCCUCAGCAUCAAUAGUAAGAUCUCAGGAAGGUGAGGACAGGAUUUGGGAUUUCUGGAUUGCUGGGUACCAUGUGGGAGCCCCAAAUAGGUGAACCUCCACAAGAGAUUUCUGAGCAAUCUCUCCUUCCAAGAUCCUCUGCUCUCACAAAGAUUCCAAACACCAAAUCGAUAAG